GCACACAUAAAAAUCAAUAAGAAUAUUAUGGGAUGGACUUUACCGGCAAAUGUUUAUGUUCUUACGCUUCCUAGCUUUGAAGUCUUUUGCAGAAUCAGAUGUCGGUUCCAAAUGUGCAAAUAGUACACGGUACAUGAACAACUAAUUGAGUUUUAAAAGGGGUGAAUAUCGGAAAGAUUUCUAGUUUAUAAGUAGAUGAACGAGAAUGAAGUGUGGUACAUUUGGAUAGUCAGAACAGGAGGGGAGAACUUUUAUCAUGAAACAAGCAAACCACACACCACUCAAAGAUUUUGUACAAUGUUCUGAUCAUGAAAAAUAGACUAGGUGCAGCUGAGGGCGCGGAGGAUUACGAUGGACCUAAAAUUGAGACAAUUUCGUAAUCUAGUGAUAGCAGUAUUUAUCAUAGCCAUGUGUAUACAUUUCAUCAGUAUUAGUGAUGUUUUUCACUACCACUGGUCCACUCACCAAAACCUUGCCAAAACAAGUCAAAUUCCACAAAAAGAAGACGUCACAAAAAGAGACAUUAAACAGGAACCGAGAGUAGAACAACAGAAUGUGAACGUUAGCACUGACCAAGAGUUGAUAAACUACUUAGCUAAAUACCUUGAUGUGAUAUGGACUGUCAAAGACGAUGCACAAUACAAUACUGAACAUAUACUAUUCUUAAAAAACAUAGGAUUGAAAAGGAUUUCGCAAACAGAUUGGAAAAUUUACUUCUCUCAAAUGAGCAUCCUGAAUCCAAACCUGAAAAAUAUAAAUGAUUCGUAUCCCAAAAAUGUCGUAGUUGGAGAGGAUAAAACUUUCAUUUUGACACACGUUUCCGGUUCACUCUAUUGUAUUUAUCCACGCAAAGAAGUCUUCAUAUUCUUCGAACCAGGAAGUAAAAUAAAAAUUCCACUUACAGCCACCAAAUUCCAAAGAUCUAGGACAGAUUCGUUACCUAACUGGUAUGUUGUCGGUUCAAAAUCAAAACCAAAAAUUAUCGAAAGCACCAAAGGCGAAAAUUUAAAUUUUGUGAAAUCAUUUGGAAGUCAACUUACAUCGAAAGAACGGUAUAAAAUAAAUAACAACCACACUGACUUAAAGAGGACACAAAAAUAUGUCGUCCCUUCGCCAGAAGAGAUAGCUGUAAUGUCUAAUGAUACCAUAAUGUUGAAACUGGAAGAGUGGGUGAUUCAGAAAUCUGACGAGUUUCCAGACGAAGUCAAGUACUUAGCAGAUGCUCUAAAAGUGAAGGUUGCUACAAAUGCAUCUCCCGAUAAAGUGAUAAAGAUGGUUAAAGGAAAGCCAAUCUUUAAGAACACUCAAUUAGGAGAAAGUGAUGAGGCAUACGAACUAAAGAUUGACGGCAAAUCGACCGAUAUUCAGAUAACAGCCACAACGGGACACGGCAUAUUUAAUGGUGUCCAAACAUUGCUCAGCCUAGCAGACAAAACAGUAGAGUCAGGUCCAAUUGUAUUUAAUAGUGUAACAAUAAAAGAUAGACCAAGAUUCAAAUAUCGUGGUAUUAUGUUGGACGUAUCUAGAAACUUUCACUCUAAGGAAACGGUCUUCAAGCUACUAGAUCUGAUGGCUAUGUAUAAAUUAAACAAGUUUCAUUUACACCUGAGUGAUGAUGAAGGCUGGAGACUAGAAAUACCUGAUAUACCGGAACUGACCCAGUUAGGAUCUAAAAGAUGUCACGACGAAUCAGAAACAUUAUGUCUCAUGCCUUCUUUAGGAUCUGGGCCGUAUAUUCAAGACCAGGGUCCUGAAUUUUACAACAUAAUUGACUACAAGGAAAUUCUUAAGUAUGCUAAUGAACGACAUAUUCAAGUUAUACCGGAAAUAGAUAUGCCAAGUCACAUGCGCGCUGCACUAAAAUCUAUUUCUCUGCGUGCAAGUCGUAAAGGAACAAUACGGGACCAGUACAAAAUGACCGACAAAGCUGAUAGUAAAAACUACAGGUCGCUGCAGGGGUAUAAUGAUAAUAUUGCUAACCCUUGUCGUGAUGGACUAUACGAUUUCGUCGAUAAAGUUAUAGACACUGUAGUUGAAGCACACAAGGACAUACAGCCGUUAACAUUGUUUCAUUUUGGAGGAGAUAAAGUACCUAAACCAGCACUUCAGGGUAUGAAAUGUAAGGAAAACAAAAUUGAUUUAAUGCACAACUUUAUACAGCGUCUUUUUCAAAAGAAACAAUUUACUAAUGUCUCUUUUGGAGCAUGGGAUGACAGUUUUCUGAAACCAGACAAAACACCGUAUACUGUAGAGAGCUUACAUAAUAUUACAAAAGAAAACAGAAGUGUGUAUGCAUUUGUAUAUCAGGAAGAAAACAAAGCAGUGUUUAAAUUAGCCAAUUCAGGGUACAAGGUUAUAAAUAGCCCAGCUUCCCUACACCAUUUUGACCACCCCUACGAAAAAGACACAGAAGAAAGGGGAUCUAAAUGGGCUACAGAAUUCAUCAACACUAAAAUGGUGUUUGCAUUUAAUCCAUUAAAAGGUGAAGAUGACUAUGGUGAAUUAAAGAAACCCGAAAAUAUUGUUGGUAUACAGGCUCAUGUAUGGACAGAACUGGUACAAACAACAGAUCAGCUAGAGUAUAUGAUGUUUCCUAGGCUGAUUGCAUUUGCAGAAAGGGCUUGGCAUCAUGCUUCAUGGCAUGAAACAAACAACGUGAAAGAAAUGGAACGUGAUUGGAUAGAAUUUUUAAAUUACCUAGUCUAUAAAGAACUUCCAAAGUUAGACAAGCUAAAUGUACAUUAUAGAAUACCGCCACCUGGUGCUAUAAUAGAGGAUGGUAAACUGCAUGUCAAUACCUAUUACCCCGGGCUUACUGUUGAAUAUAGUGUGGAUAGUCCAGGAAAUGAAAAACAGUGGUAUAAAGUUACAGGCGACGAAACAUUAUCGGAACAGAUUAUACUUAGAACACUGUCAGCAGAUGGAAAACGUCAUAGCAGAGAAAUAAAGUUAGAUAGAUCAAUUUGGUAACCAUGGUAACCAACGAACUGCAGAUUUAAAUUGAUGAAGCUAGAAAUGUUGUCGGUUGUUUAUGAAGAUAAAUGAAGAAUAAUGGUGUGCUCAAAUAUAAAGAAUAGAGAAUACUUUGCAAAACAUAUAAAGAAAACCAAAAAAAAAAAAAAACAUAGACAAUUGAAGAAUACAGAAAUGAAAGACCUCCCCAUCCAGACCAUCCAGACCCUCUUAUAUGGAAGUCACGUGCUUGCCAAAUAAAAUUAUGCAAUUGAAUGUUGAUACUCCUCGCAAUUCGAUCUCAUGUUUCAUGCAACACAUUAGAAUGAACGAUUAACAUAGUAUACGACUUGUAUUGUGCUAAAAAUGCUUCUGUACGGGACUUUGUUGCAAACUAAGUAUAGAUAUUUGAUAUAAUUCACGUUAAACGAAUGAUAUUUCGAGCACAUGUAAUUGUUUCUGAAUGUAUUUAUGUGUUAAAUACGCAUGCCUAUUUUGAAUUGUACAUGUGUGUACGCGAAUGCUUUACUUAAAUUUUAUUGUUUGAAAUAUUGUAUGAUACUUGUUCCUAUAAUGCAGCUGAAAAAGUUCAUAUUAGGUUUGUCAUGCUUGUGUCUUUACCAUUUUGAAAUUAUUAUACCACCGCUCCGAAAGAGGGAAACUGUUUAAACCCUAUCUGUUAGUCCGUAUGUUCGUCUGUCCCAUGAUAAUUCCGUCGCAUUUUCCUCAGUAAGCUUCCAGUUAUAUAUUCUAACACAUAAUGGUCAUGUAUGAAAUAUCCGUCGAGUUUAUUUUGGGAACUCCAAAUAAGAGCUUCCUAAAAUUUGUUGUUUGGCUUCAUGUGAACAUGUUUUACCGUGUGAUGCGUUUUCAGAUUCAUCACUCAUCAACUUCCUAUUAACCGAAUACAUUUGUUAUUAGGAUUUAUCUGGUUCGUCUAUACUGUUUGAAGCGGGUUAAGAUUCAUAACUCCUCACCUUCCUGUUCAAUGGAACUUUGUAUACGACGAGGACGGUUCAUUCCCAAUUGUUUAUAUACUUUUGAAUGAAGCUUAUAUACACAUAGAUUUUUAAUAUCGCCUUAAAUCUGAAAUUUGAUGCCAGAUUGUUAAUUCAUUCAAAUAACAAAGCAGGUCAAAUUAGUAAAUUGUUAGUUUUAGUGUGGUAAAAAUGUAUAGGUACAAUUUACAAAUAUUUAUAAUAUUUAACGCCAUACAUUUUUGAAAAAAAUUAUGAUUGAUUUUUUUACUCUCGUUAUUUCUUGGAUCGCUUUUUCGAGCCUUUUAGCGCUUUUUUCCAGCUUUUUAAUGCUAUUUUUGUGUUUUGUAAUUUUUUAGCUCUUUGUAUUUACAGCAGUAAUACAAUCGUGAUAUGCUAAUUUUACAGAUAUAUUUAUCUUGAUGUAAACAAUACCUUUGGAGAAAUGUAUGCUUCCAGUUUGUGAAAGAUAAUAAAAAAAAACUUGUCAAAGA